AUGAGCGUGUAUUCUUCCUAUGAGACGAUCUAUGUUGGCCUCGAAAAUAAGAAUGACCAACGGUCAAUGGAUGCACUUGAACUGUCGAAGAUGUUCUCGUUCUUCUACCGCGAGAACGUCGAGUUUGAUCUAAUCAAAAGUACGGCCACGAACCCCCGGCAAGAACGAGAAGACGCCCAGGCGAAGGAGCAAGCCGCCAAGCAUGUGCUCGUAUAUUCUAGAUCCAGGACAUGGAAGACGGUGUUUCGCGACUGGGUUAUUGCUCGCGCAGAGCAAUGUACUAGACCUAGGACUGUUCUUCCGGACGUUAUGAGGGAUGAAGCAGACACACCAUUUGAUGAAGACCGGUUGCGAAGGACGCUGUCUCUUGUGGUUCGACUUGGCAUAGAAGCAAUUACGCAACGUUUGGAGGGAAAACAGAGAACCCUCAGUCAACCUUGGGCAUUGACGUGGCUUAUACCUCGGCAGGGCUUUCGAAGCUUCCAGACGGCUGAAUAUGCCAAGUUCAGUCUGCACCUGCACUGUGGUUAUUAUGCCAAGGCUGAGGAGCUUCAGGUGCAAGUGAAGGAUUAUAUCCUCGCAAACCUAGGCCCCGAGUUCAUUGACUUCAUUAGUGAGGAGCAUCUACCGCGUCCCCAUCAGAUGAGUGACGGGGUUGUGCAAAUUGGCGUCAGAGAACUUGGACGUGAGCACCUGUUUACUCUCAAAUCCAAGCUGACGCUGGGAAGGAUCAAGACUGCCAUGAAUCAGUUCGAAGAGGUCGAAGAGAUUUUUCUAGAUGGUUUGCCAGUCGCUGAAGGGAACCUGGGCGAGCACCAUCUAGGAACGCUCACGGCUCGAACCGGGCUUGCGCAUCUUGACUGGCGCCAAGGACGAUAUUCGCACGCUGCGGCCAUAUUGGAGGAUGUCAUCCAAAAGCGCGAUUAUGAACAAUCCAAGCGCACGGAUGGGAAACUUACAGAUCGCAGGAAGUGGGAUGUCCAUGUUCACAGUUUAUUUUACUUACUGUAUUCGAUUCAAAUCGGAUAUUAUUUUGUCCAAGAGACUCAGCUAAGACGAAGUUACGCAUUCUAUGCGAAGCAAUGUGGUUCCUGGCCCACUGCUGCGAGGACCAGGGGAAAAUGA